AUGGGGAGGAGGGCGUGCUGUGCCAAGGAAGGGGUGAAGCGAGGGGCCUGGACGAGCAAGGAGGACGAGAUCCUGGCUUCCUACGUCAAGGCCCAUGGCGAGGGCAGGUGGAGGGAGCUCCCCCAGAGAGCUGGUCUGCGGCGGUGCGGCAAGAGCUGCCGGCUGCGGUGGCUGAACUACCUCCGGCCGAACAUCAAGCGGGGCAACAUCUCCGACGACGAGGAGGAGCUCAUCGUCAGGCUCCACGGCCUGCUUGGCAAUAGGUGGUCCAUCAUCGCCGGCAGGCUGCCCGGCCGAACAGAUAACGAAAUCAAGAACUACUGGAACAGCACGCUCGGCAGGAAGGCGCUCCCCGCCCGCCCCACCAUUGCCGCGGCGAGGACCGUCGUCGCCACGCCCGUCGCCUCCGGCUCCUCCAGCUCCACGGGGAGCGCCGCGGCGCCGCUGUCCACCUCCGUCCCUGCCCUCCUCCACGCCGCGGCGCCUUCGUCGCCGGCCGCCGCGGUGUGGGCGCCCAAGCCCGUGAGGUGCACGGGCGGCCUCUUCUUCCGCCGGGAGCAGGAGACGCCGCCGCCCGCGCCGGUCGUAGAGGAGACGCGGGCCGGGGGAGAAGAGGGAGAUGCCUGCAGCGGCAGCAGCAGCUCGGAGACGUCGUCGGCCGAGCCGUGCUCGUCGGGGUCGGGCGGGGGAGACUGGAUGGACGACGUGAGAGCCCUGGCGUCAUUCCUCGAGUCCGACGAGGAAUGGCUCAAGUCCCUGCACAUGGCCGGUUAA